GGAUGGACAUCGUGGUGAUGGUGUUUCUGGUCUUGGAGCAGGUGGACUUGGAGUUCCCCCUGUUGAGGCUCCUUACAGGCCUCCGGGUUUCCGUGACUCCCGGACCUACGGUGACUAUGGCUUUGAACGUCCGCCGGGCUUGGAUGUGAAGACCCAAGGACCAGCGACCUCUGACGCCCCAGGUCCAACGGAGGCGGAAGUGAGGCCCUCACAACCAGAGGCGGAACAAGAUGGAGGCCCAAGGACUGAUGCGGCGACGAGCUCGGCGGCACCUUCACCUAUCGAUGUGCUGAUAACGGGAAUGAGCCAGUUGCAGCAGGUGUUGCUGAAGCAGCGAAGCGACGUGAUCGACUUGGAGCCGAAGGCUGUGAGCGAGCUAGUGAAGCUUCCGGAGUACACUGCGGAGACCGGGGCCAUCGACUUCCAGGACUAUCUGUACCUGGCUGAGCAGCAGAUUGGCACACUGGCCUCAGGAGCGGGUGAAUGGUGGGCUAAGACGCUUGCUGUGGCUCAGGCGGCGUAUGCGGAGUACCAGACUUUGUCACCGGUGAGAAGGUUGAGUGUGGCCGCUACGCUUACCCCGGAGCUCAAGGAGGACAAGUACAAGAAGUUGGAGCGAAAGGUCGCGGCUUUGGUCCUGGCUUCGCUCCCCAAGGGGGUGCGUGACGAUCUGGUGGCGUACCGAGUUCAGGGUGUGCACCAGAUUCUUUACAGGUUGAUGGUGAUCUUCCAGCCUGGAGGUGCUCAGGAUCGGGCUCAGCUGCUGAAGCAGCUUGACGUGACAGAGUCCUCGGGAAGCCCUGCGGAAGCAACGGCGGCGCUUCGCCGAUGGUACCGUCUGUUGCAACGUGCCGCAGACUUGGGAGUCACGUUACCAGAUGAGUCUUUGCAGGUGAGGUCGUUGUCCGUGAUAGUCCGACGAACAGCUGAGCAGAAUGCUGACUUUAAGUUCCGUUUGGCUUUGGCGAGGACCGAGCUGCAGAUUGACACUCGCCCCACGCAGGAGAAUGUGAUGAGGUAUCUGCAGCACUUGCUUGCAGAGCUGGAGCAGCUUGGAGCGGUGGCGCGGAAGCAGGCUGCACCUUCGACCGGAGGAACUACGACGACUUCGCCCUCUACGGCUACUACUCCGGCAUCGGGCGGAACUGCGUCCCAAGGUUCAAGCUAUGCAAGCUACAGCUACUUCCUCAAGCCAGGCGACGACGAGUACAGCUGCGGAGGGACCCGCGAAUCCGGCGCCAACGGGCCAACGGCUUCCUCUACUACCACCCCGACAGGUGGGGCGCACAACAAAAUUGACACGGUGAAGGUCACCGAAAUAUUGAACGAGACCAACAAAAUGUUGAAGUCUAUAGCUGCUGCGAACUCGUCGGCAACAAGUGCACCGGCUGCACCAAUGGACCCUUUGAAAAUGAUUCAGAAGCAGCUUGAUGAAGUGCGGAGGCUGAAGGUGAUGAGAGUGCGUGAGCCCUGUGAGGCUACAACCUCUUUUGCGAGUGCGGUGUCCUGGUACGAGACGAGACUGAGUUCUACUACGUUGGCCAGGUUGGAUGGGCCCGAAGAGGAGGAGGCACUACUGGAUAGCGGUGCUACCCACGCCUUUCGGCCCCCAAGCUCCGCGACAGAGCUUGAUGAUGCACGACGAGUGGGGGUGGCCUUAGCCACCGGUGAGGAACGAUCGAUCCCUCAGAACCGUGGAGUAACGUUGCUGUGCGAGUCGGGCAGCGAGGGGACGAUACUCCCCAUGGGUCAAUUGGUGCGACUUCUUGGAUGCCGGGUGACUUGGACGCCAAAAAAGUUGACUGUGGUGCACCCGGUACAUGGCCGGCUUCAAGUGCGACUUCGGGGACACUGCCCGGUGGUUCCUGUGACCCAGGCUCUUGACCUCAUUGCGGAGUUGGAACAGAAAAGGAUGGCUUCGUUUGAGCAAACUGUCCAGGACCUUCAAAAGCAGAUCAAGGCCAUCCGUGACAAUGGUUCAUGUGCCUGGACUUGGGAGCAGCACUUGCGCGCUGCCCGUGAAGGCGGUGAUCGGACACAUGUGGCCGGCCUCUUGCACAAGAACCCGGUGUUUUCUACAGUGAGUGCAGAGGUGCUUCUUGGUGUUCCUGAAGGGGUUCCGCGUGGUGACCGUGAUGGUUGGAAUCUACUAAAGGGAACUCCGUGGUCCCGGGCGAAGCGCAAGGCUCUUUAUCAAAGUGAUGGUUGGGUCGUUCAUUUGUUCUCUGGAGAUGAGAGAAGUGAAGAGGCCAAGCGGCGCGAUGCAGUGAAGAAGUCCUUUUGGAGUGAAGCUCUAUCUGGCGAUGAAGUGAUGGUGGAUGCGGACCUCACGGCCUCACGGUCUAUGGACCUGUUGCAGCGGGACGGCAUCGUUAAGGUGCUAGCGUGGGGAGCCCUCAACGGCAAGGUGAAGGCCAUCAUUGGGGGACCUCCGAGACAUACGUUUCCCACGGUUGCUCAAGGUGUUCCUGUUGGCGGCCCGCACCUCAAGGAGACCCAGCUCAUUGUGAAGAUGAUGUUGUUGUUCUACAUGGCCCAGGAAGGCAGAACAGCUUUGUGGCGAGCUGGGGGUGUGAGAACUAUGGUGAAGCCGCAUGUGGGUUAUUUCCUGUUGGAGCAUCCCAAAGGACCGGGAGGAGAGCGACUUUCCUUCUUUGAUACUCCUUUGUGGAAGGCCUUUGCAAUGGACUCCUUGAUGGGGGAAGUUCCUUGUUUCGUGAACGAGAAGGAGGUGAUCUUGGGGGGCAACAUGAACCUUUGGCAUCUACGUGAUGCACGCCUGGGUCCCGAAGGUUCUCGUGAUCAAGGGUCGAUAUGGCCGUUGGAGUUGGUUGCGCAUGUGGCUUUUGCGGUGAGAGCAUGGGUGGGCCUUCGCAACCACGAGGGUUUCCUCUCUUCUUUGGUCAAUCGAUCUUGGUUGAAAGACCCCGAGCCUCUACAGUUGAGUAAGUUCAAUGUCCGUGAGUGGCAGCUACAUGUUCAACGCGACCACCUUCCUUAUCGCAAAGACUGCAGGAUCUGCAUCGAGCGAGCGAGCGGCAAACCUCACAGGAAGGUCUCGCACCCUUCUGCUUACUGCCUCUCUAUUGAUACCGCGGGACCUUUCAGGAAUGUUGGAGCAGGGGGAUACAAGUACCUGCUCGUUGGUUGCUAUCGACAUCCCAAGUUGUUGGGAACAUCGCCUGAGGAGGAGCCUGCGAAAGGGCCGUCUGCAGCUGAGGUCGUUCCUCGUCCUGAUGAUGGAGAAGAUUGGUUGGGAGAAGACCUUGAAGCAGCAGAAGAUGAGGUUCUUUUAGUUGCCGAAGAACCUGAAGGUGGAGUUGGUUAUGUGGAUCCAGGACCUCCUGAUGCUGAUCAUGAAAGGGAUGGUGAGAUUGAGGCCUUGAAGGAGCUCGCUAAGCCCCUGGAGUUCGUUUCUGUGUAUGUGGCCAAACCUAUGAGGUCCCGCAAGAAGGCAGAGACUUUGAAGGCCAUCCAGGAGCUCUACAUACAGCUGCGCAGUGCUGGUUUUCCGCUGGGGAGAAUACACAUGGACCGUGCGCGUGAAUAUCAAUCCAGCGCCUUUGAACACUGGGCGGCAGCAAGGGACAUUGAAUUGUCCCGCACCCAGGGAGAUGAUCCGUCCCAGAACGGGACCGCUGAGAGGGCAGUGGGUUAUGUGAAGAUGCGCAUGAGGGUGUUGCUUGCUCAGGCUAAAGAACUCAGCGGUGCCGAUGACGAGGUGAUCAAGGGAUGGUGGGCUAUGGCGGCGGAGACGGCUGUUUCCCAACACCAGGCGUUAGCUAUGGGUCGGAAGUUUCCAUCUGCGGCUCGAUUCGGUUCGCGGGUGUUUACGAGGAGGAAGGGCUAUGGUGCUGGUGGUACGGACCUCAAACCAAAAUGGAUUGGUGGGGUCUACCUUGGCCCCGCUCGCUCUGUGCCCGGCGGACACAUGGUGUACACCGAUGAGGGCAACCUGUGGUUCACUACGAAUAUACGUCAGUUUGAAGAGCGUGAUCCAGGAGCGGAUGGUGCUUCGGAACCGGCGCCCUCACCACCUGAUCUACUACCAGCGCGACGUGUGAGGGGAAAAACAACGGCGGUGGAGUUAGCGAGUGGAGCUAGUCUACUACCAGGAGCCGCGGAUGGUGGUCCUCGGGAAGGUCCUGCUGUGGGGGCGUUGAGCUCCUUAAUUGGCUUGGCUAAUUCCUCGGAUUCGGAUGCAGAUGAUGAGUCGUGGUCUGUGGUUUCCAAUGGUCCCAGGCUGUGUGAACUAGAGGGCCAAGUUUCUUCCUCGCCUUCUACUACAAGUUCAAGGGGGCGAAGCGGUUUUGCUGAGCGCUUUGCGAAGGAGAACCGUUUUUCCAUGGAGGAUUGCCUGAAGGUGUUGGAGUCGGAGCCCUUUGUCAAGACCAGAAAGCAGCGGGCUACAGCGUGGGGUGGCAAUGGGCCACCUCCUAUCCACACCACCCUUGGUGCUUACCAACGUGGUCCACACAUUUGUGUGACCAACGCUACCGGCCGCCAUUCGGCCCUCUCCCACUACCUCGCUGAGUUCAUGAAGAAGUCUUGUGGUGAGAGUUGUGAGUUUACGUCGAUUACGGUGGCUCGUGAUCUAUGUACUGAUGUGCAUUGUGAUCGGUUCAACAUGCGAAACUCUACCAACUAUGUGCUGACUUUGGGAGAGUUCAAGGGGGGUGGCAUUUGGCAGCAGGGUUCCAACAAUGAGUUUGCCGACGUUGCGGUCGAGACUGCUUCAGGGGAUGUGCUCCAAGGCCAUGUGAUCCCGGUUAAGGGCCGAGUCGUCAAGGUUGAUCCGAAGCGACUACACCGAACCAUGCCCUGGGAGGGUGGCCCGAAGUGGACUGUGAUAGCCCAUACCAUAGGGGCUCGGGGGAAGCUUGAGGAUUCGGAUGUGCAAACCUUGAGUGCUUUGGGGUUCCCGCUAUAUGCUCCCUCUGUGAAUGCCUUGGUUGACCUUCCUGAAGAGAACCCGGUUGUGGAUGCAGCCUCUUGCGCAAAACCUUGGCGUCAUCUCCUUUCUGAGCACGAGCUUGAGGAGGAGAUGCAGAGUCGCUUGUGGACCCGGAGAGUUCUUGAUGAGGAGGAGCAGUUAAUGCAAGUGAUUCCCAAGGACCUGGAGCUGGACUAUGAGGGGGAGCAGUGGCUGGGCCUGUGUCGCAUGACCGAAGGUGAGGAGGAAUCGUUCGGGGUGGAGACCAUGCUUGAGGAGUUGCGUGAGCCCUUGCGGGUUGUCUUCACUGUUGCCUUGGAUGAGGUUAAGAACUAUGCUUCUCGUUGGUCAGAUGCUAUGCACAAGGAAGUGAAGGCCCUACUCGAUGCGGGAGCUUUGGUUCCCCUCACGGCGGAGGAGCAAAUGAAAUUAGAGGCCUCUGGGAAACUGGUAGUGCUCCCUGCAAAGGGGGUAUUCACUACAAAGCCGCCAGAUGUGGAAAAGACGGUUGAUGAUGAGGGAAUUCCACUUCCUCGAGGCUCGCCGCACUUUGUCAAGCGCAAGGCGAGAUUGGUUAUAUGCGGCAAUUUUCAGGGACGCCAAGCCAGAGAAGACUCAUACGCGGGCGGCUGCCAGAUUGACUCCUUGCGUGCUAUGUUGGUUCUGGCAGCGUUUCGAGGCUGGCGCUUGGCCUCCACCGACAUUCGGAAUGCCUUCAUCCUUGCUCCGAUCAAGGACGAGGAAGAUGAUGAUGAUGGCACUGUUUAUGGGUUGUUCCCACCGAAGGUGUUCCAGAUGGUUUUGGUCCCCUACUGCUAUCAACUGUGGCGGGUAGAUCGGGCUCUUUAUGGAUUCAGGAGGAGUCCAAGGCUGUGGAGCCGAUUCCGAGACCGGCGCCUACGUGAUGCUCGGGUACCGUGCGGCCUUGGACAUCUUCGACUUCGCCAAAGCCGAGCAGAUGCAAAUGUGUGGGCCAUUGUGUACGAAGGGGCUAACGGGGAGUCCGAGGUUCGGGGCUAUAUGAACAUUUAUGUCGAUGAUGUUCUGUGUGUGGGCAGCGAGGACGACAUCCUUUUGGUCCAGCAGUGGUUGACCUCGGAAUGGAAGGCCUCGGAUCUCACCUGGGCCACCGAGGACUCGGUGCUUCGUUUCCUUGGCUUGGAGAUCAUGUUGGUGAAGGACGGGGUGAAGAUUGGCCAGCAAGCCUUUGUCGAGGAGUUGAUUCGACACCACAAGCUACAAGAUAGCAAGGGGUACGGCGCCCCUUGUCCUCAAGAGUGGUUGCUUGGUGAAUGUGAAGAGGCGACGGUUGACUACACCCCCGAACAACUUCGUAGGGCCCAAACCCUGACUGGAGAGCUGUUAUGGUUGAGUGGCCGGAGCCGUCCAGACAUUAUGCACAGUGUUUCGACAAUGUCGUCAUUAUGCGUCAAGAAUCCGGAGUUGGUUGAGAAGAUUGGCCUCCGUGUUCUGGGGUACUUGAAGGCUACAGCAGGAGUUUGUCUGUGGUACCGCCCUACGAACUCAGAGUACGAGGUGACGGGCUACUCCGAUGCUUCCUUCGCUCCUCUUGGAACGCGGUCUGUGGGAUGCUCCGUUGCUUGCUACCUUGGAUGCCCAGUGAGUUGGCGAUGUGGCCGACAGAGUAUUGUCUCUUUGUCGGUUGCGGCGGCGGAACUACUUGAAGCAGUGAACUGUGUCCAGCUGAUGCUGGGACUGUCGAGCUUUGUGGAAGAGCUUCAACGCGAUAAACCGCGUCACUGCUUGCGAGUCGACAAUCAAGCUGCCGUCGGUCUUACAACCGAAAGCUCUGGGACGUGGAAGACGCGCCACCUUCGUGUGAGAGCUUUCGCCCUGCGUGAAGCAGUGCGUCAGGAGGAGCUACGCAUCACCCACAUCGAGGGCUUACGACAACUUGGUGACUUGGGAACUAAGUGUUUCCAUAAGCCCCGGCUGGAGCAGCUUCGUGAUCUGUGGGGUUUGUGGAGUGGCUGUCCUUCAGCUACUACGACUGGCGGGAGCGAAUCGUAG